UGUGUGACGAAUUUGACGGCAUGAAAUAACCUUAGCCGCUGUAAACUGCAUGGCUCUCUCACAUGUGACAACUACACGCCAGCAUAUUCUUCCCGGCCAUAUAAAGAUUCAUGGCUGCCUGCGUCCUGUGCCGCUUGAGGCCGAGACGGUUCUAUCUUCCUGGUUUGAGAAAGGGUUUUGCUCAUCGAGUUAUUGGCAGACUUGACAAUGAGGCGUUGGAUGAGCAGGAACGAAGGUCAGAAGAGUCACCUCUACCGGAUGCUUCUCUCCAUGGAGGCUACAAACUUCAUUACAACCCGUCCUCGUAUCAUCACCCCGUGGGAAAAUCUCCCCUCCCCCACAGUCAAAUCGUGAUUGGUGACGAAGAACAGUGUCUCGCCGCUCUCGCACCUUCCUUCUGGCAACAGAGCAAUCGCUACAGCGUGAGCUCUUCGCGGCAUCUCUCCAGCUCCAAAAACACGUUACUGGACUUGGCGUUCAACAAAAGACCCGAACCAAAAACGUCCGUACCCCCGCGUCACAGAACACCUGUGGCGCCUGAUGUUAAAGUCGAUACACGCGCCUUUAUCAAGUGUCGACCGGACUAUUCGUCAAUCACCCUUGACCUCUCGCGGCGGCCUCCACCCGUAAAUUGGGAACAUGUUGCGCAACUCCUCCAGCGAGCGGCUGUCCUUAAAGGCAGCAUGAAACCAUGCGAUGUGUCUGGUUUUUUUGUGGAUCUCAGCCAUGUUCACACGGACAAUGUGUCACUAGUGAAAAGUGACCAACGCUUCACUCUGCUGCUUCGAUACUCGGUGGAGAACCUUCGUGUCUUUUCUCUCAACGAGCUCCUCGAUGUGCUGCGUUCGUUUGCGUGGCUGGAAAUGCCUCACGGCCACACGGUUCUCGGACACUUUGAGGACGAGCUCGGUCGCCGGGCGCAUCAGAUGACUUUCGACCAGUUGCUUCUCGCUGCAGACUUGUGGCGCUGCAUUGGAAGGAAGGUGCCCCGGUUCUUGAAGCGCCUUUACGACUUUGUGCAAUUGUACCCAGGAGAAGUGAAAGUCGCCGAGCUGGUCCAGCUGCUGUACAUCAUGGGAGAAGGGAGACAUUGCCCGAAAGUCCUGAUCCAGUCAAUAGAGCAGCUACUCAUGAACCACAUAAACCAUCUACACCCGGAAGAGGUUGGGACGUUAUGUUUGGGUCUUUUUAAAUCCCAAACGUCCCUCUCGGAGGCAGCUGCGACUCGUCUUUUUGAUAAGGCGCACUCGGUUAUCGAGGACAUGAGUGACUUUGCUAUGGUCAAUGUGCUCAAAUACUUACGUUUCAGCUACUUGCUUCACAGGGCAUGGAUGGAGGCCUUGACUCAUGAGGUGCCACGCCGAGCUAGCAGGAUGAGCGUCACCGGACUAAUGCACGUGGCACUCACUUGUUCGGCAUUGCAUUACCGUGACGAUCGCAUCCUUGUCGCAAUCGCUGAGCAAAUCCCAUCACUGGUGCCACAUUGUCGGAGUAAAGACUCCUGUAAGCUGCUGUGGGCCUUUGGCACCCUUGGGUUCCUCCCAACUCAGAACCCGAUCCUAUACCCGAGCCUCACAGAUGCCCUCAGGCAAAGAAAAGCUGAAUUCCAACGCUACCCGGAGCAUCUCCUCACCGGCCUACUCGGUCUGUCCUUUGUCUCGCAGUUCCCAGAGGAUCUAAUCUCAUUAGCUUUGAGUCCGGACUUUAUCAACUUAGCAUUGAAGUCGACACAGUUGGAGCUGAAAAAAGACUUGUUCACUUUAGAUGGAACCGUAGCCGUGGAGCUGCCACACUGGACCGGUCCUCGUCUGAGCUUCGAACUGAGGAACGAGGUCACGGAAAUGUUGCGGAAGUUCAUUCAAUCUGAAAUAUGCGAGAAACCCGAAGUGAAAGGGGCGGAGACGGCAUUGCAGGAAUUGCUGGGAGGAGAAGAGUUCGUUUGUAAACGGAUGAUUCUCCCUCACAUGCGAUCCAUCGAUCUCGAAGUGCACCUCGACACGACUGGUCAGCCCGUUCCUGUCAACACAGAAUCGCAAACGGACAUAAUAUCUCCUCGGGAUAAUCCAUCCGAAAGUGCUUCAAACCAUUUUUGGGGGAAAAAAAAUAUAGGGGUAAGCGUGACGGAUGAACUUAUAGCCCAGCUUACUUAUACUAAAAGCUCUCCAGCUCCAACAAUUGCACCUUCUAGACUCAAAACACCUUCCAUAGUGGAGCCGGAUGAAAAUGAAGCGUUGUUCAACACGGGGCUAAACCUGACAACAACCAUCACAGAAAUGCUCUCCAAACCGGGGAUCCAAAAACCGUCCCAUCAGGACUCUGUCGUUAAACUUGCCAUUCAGGUGUCCAGCAGGAACCACUACUGCUACCACUCGCAGCAGCUCCUGGGCCUCCACGCCAUGAAGAGGAGGCAGCUGAAGUCGGCGGGGUAUAAGGUUGUAGAGAUUUGCAAUCACGAGUGGGUUCCUUUGUUGAGGAAAAGCAGGACUGAGAAGAUGGCCUACCUUCACUGCAAGGUCUACAACAGCCUGGAUAGUUGAUGGGGGACUCAAACCGAAUAGGCUUUGCUAUCUGGAUUAGCAAAGGUUAGUUUAUGUACGUGCUAAGCACCGCAAAAAUGUAUUUUUUUGACUUUUUUUUUGUCGAUAUAUACCUUUUUAAAUAAGAACGUUAAGAUACAAUGCUCGCCCGAAGACAGUUGGGAUAGGCUCCAGCAACCCCCGCGACCCUCGUGAGGAAAAGCGGUAGAAAAUGAAUGAAUAAAUGAAGAUACAAUGAUGUGAAAAUGUCCAUUCUUUGCUAAGCUAUCAUUACGAGUCAAAUUGAUUUAGUCGAUUUUACACUAGCACCUAAACUAAAUGUGCUCAGUUGUGAAUUAAUGCCGUUUUAUUAUGAUUAUUAUUAUUAUUAGUACAAGAGGUGGUGUGCGUAUAAGGUUCCUAAUAAAAGUCCAAAAGCAGCUCAAUAUAGAGUUAGCAUUACCACCAUUAAAUUGAAGUGUAUAUUGAAGACUUAAUAAGUUAACCCAGGGGUCUCAAACUCAAUUUACUUGGGGGGCCACUGGAGCUAGGGUCUGCGCGAGGCUGGGCCGCAUUAGGUUAAAAAAAAAAAAAAAACACAAAAAAUUGCAUUUAUUAAAAACAGAAAAAUUAAACUUUGCUUUUGUUCCGAUUUUCUAUAAUAAAAGCUCUGAUAAAACAUUCCACUGUUCUCAAAUAUCUUACUUUUUAUUUUUCUACAAAAAAAGAUGAAAAAAAAUAAACAAAUCAAGAAUAAAGAAAAUCAAUCAAUCAGUAAUAAAUAAAUAUAAUAAUAAUAAUAAUAAAACGGCAAAUAAUAAAAACUUAAAUAACCACAUAUAGUUGGUGGGUAAACAAAUUAUUUUUUUCAGAUUAAAAUGAACAAAGCAUUAUUAGAGCCCUGUAAACAUGACAAAACACGACUAUAGUCACAUUUAUACUUUUUUUAUUUACAACAUAUUGCGCAACUGCAGCGUCUUGACACACAUGCUAACUCGCAAACUAGAGAGCUAGCGACCUAAACGGUAGCCUCCAAGUUAUUUCCUUUCAACUUAAAUAGCCAAAAAAAUUACCACUUCCACACGGAUAGGGAGGAUAACUAUUAACAGUUAUUUAACCUUUAACAUGAACAUUAAUCAAACGUAAUAUUUUUUUUUCUGGGUACAUGAUACCAUACAGCAUCCAUAUCAAACUUGCGCGGGCCGCACUAACAUUAAACUUUCAUAUCAAGGCGGGGGCCUCAAAGUAGUGUCCUGCGGGCCACAUUUGGGCCGCAUGUUUGAGACCCCUGAGUUAACCUAAAUGAGACUCGUUUGGUUAAAUGAAUAAAAACAUUGUUUUUAAUUUUGCAAUAUUUGUAAACUAACAAAUUACCAUUCAGUGCACUUUUAAUAUAUCAGUUGUAAAUUAUUACAUUAUUUGCUUGGUUUGUGGGACCAGGAAGUCACGUGACGGUAGCAAAACGGAAUGGUAAUGUUAACCUAUUACUUUAUUGACAAUCUUUUAACAACAAAGUCUAAUGUUCAAUUCAACAAAACACGCCCGAAACGGGAGAAGCAGAAGUUUGUUUAACCUUCACUUAUUCAUAAAAGCGAUAAAGAAAGUAUAAUGGUGAAGUUCCAAUCGUUUGCAGUUUGUUUAUUCGGCAAUAAAGAGUGGAAAAAGGAGCAAUACGCGAGUUGCCACUAGAGGGCGCAAUAUAACAAGGACUGCAAUGAAGGCCAAAAUAUUGCACUAUUGCACAAUCUAAUGGGAUUUUCUUCAAGAUUUCUAUCAGACCGUUGUGUCUUUUGAAUGACGCACAUAUUUUGACAUUAUUUACAGCUGCCAUGUGGGGGUUAAAUGAUAAACGGAGCUCUCAGUGUGUUGCAGUUCUAAAUCAAUGUGAGUUACUAUAAUAUGUCAUCACAGUUUAAGUGUACCCAAUGUUUUGAAUGCUCAUGGACGUUUUUGUGCUGCAUGCAUUACUCUUUAUUGCUCUCUGGUUCUACCAUAUCUUACUUAUUGUGUGGAAAUAUGGGCUAAUAACUAUAAAAGUUUAAUCUUCACUCGCUAAAUGUACUGCAAAAAAAGGCCAGUAAGGAUAAUUCAUAAUGCCGCCUACAUAGAACAUACUAACUCCUUAUUUCUAAAAUCACAAAUACUUCAACUUGCUGAUAUAGUUCAUCUUCAAACAGCUAAAAUAAUGCAUAAGGCUAAAAAUAACCAAUUAGCUAAAAAUGUCAUUCAAUACUUCUACAAGAGAGGAGAAAUAUGAUCUCAGGGAAGAAGUACAUUUGAAACACUUCUAUGCUAGGGCUAUGUUAAAAAGCCAUAGCAUUUCAGUAUGUGGAAUCAAACUAUGGAACGGAUUGAGUAAGGAAAUCAAACAAUGCACAACGAUGAGCCAAUUCAAGAAACAAUACAAGCAGUUGAUGUUUGCUAAAUACAAGGAUGAAGAGUCUUGAACCAGUCAUGAUGUGCUAUAUAUAUCACUAUAUUGAUACUUACUAUGGGACCCAUUAUGGCAUUGGAUGGUCAUAUCACCUCCUAUUUUGGUACGGGAAACAAAACAAAAAAUUUUAAAAACUAAAAAAAAAUUAAUAAAAUGUAAUAAAAUAAAUUAAUAAAUAAAAUAAAUUUGCUAAAUACAAGGAUGAAGAGUCUUGAACCAGUCAUGAUGUGCUAUAUAUAUCACUAUAUUGACACUUACUAUGGUACCCAUUAUGUCAUUGGAUGCUCAUAUCACCUCCUAUUUUGGUACGGGAAACAAAACAAAAAAUUUACAAAAAAUUUUAAAAACUAAAAAAAAAUUAAUAAAAUUUAAUAAAAUAAAUUAAUAAAUAAAAUAAAUUUGCUAAAUACAAGGAUGAAGAGUCUUGAACCAGUCAUGAUGUGCUAUAUAUAUCACUAUAUUGACACUUACUAUGGUGCCCAUUAUGGCAUUGGAUGCUCACAUCACCUCCUACUUUGGUACGUGACAAAAAAUAAAAAAAAUACAAAAAAAUUUAAAAAUUUUUAGAAAAAAAAAAUAAAUUUAAAUUUUUUUUUAUUUUUUUACAAAUUUUAGAACAUUUAAAAUUUUUCAAAUAAAAAAAAACCCUUAAACUAUAUUAUGAAAGCAGGAAGUGAACAAAUGUAACAGUUACUGAUUGUAAGAGUACCAGAUGGAGGGGUAGGAUUUAAUAAGCUUUGCUUCUUCCUACUCCUUUUGGACAUGUGGAACUGUGAACUGAUUAUGUGAUGCAUUCAAUUGUAAUCUGAUGCAUGUUCAAAUGAAAUUAAACCAUUACCGUUACAUAUUUUGCCAUUAUUUACAGCUGGCAUAUGAGGGGGCUAAAUGAUAAACGGAUCUCUUACUAUAAUAUGUCAUCACCGUUUAAGUAUACCCAAUGUUUUGUCUUCUCAGGGA